UUGGUCUUUGUUUGGAGCUGGGCUGUGAUUGGGUGAUGUGUUAGCGCCGGCGGAUUGGUUGUCGUUGACCUUUGACCCGCGGUUCGCGGCCUGGCGGGUGAAUGAUGAAAGUUGGCGACGUGCGGUUCAUUGGGGAUGAGGAGGUGGUGGAGCAUAUCACUGAGAAACGGCACGGAAUUAAUCAGAAGAACAAUGUGCGUCGAACAUUGCUAAACGUGAAGCAAGAUUCCCAGAAAUGGGAGAAGACAGAGCAGGCUCAGGAGAGUCUGGAAGUCUUUAAUGAGCGUGAUUAUGUGGAGGUCCUUGGAGCAGGUGACUCAGGUUGCCAGGGUGACUUGAGUGAUGAGAUAUCUGCAGCAGGCCGAGAUCUCUUCACCUUUCAAACCAUCAAAAGAGCAGACAAAAUGGCAAAGCUCGCCUCUGAACUAGCCCAGACUCCGGGAAAAAGUGUAACAUUCUGUGCAGCUGGCCAGCAAUUGACUGCAGGUCAGAUCAGGGAUAAAGGACAAUCAAACCAGCACAAGACCCCAUCCAAGAGCAAGAGGAAGUAUGUAUCAACAACCCCUUACAGACUGAGGAAAAGGCUGACCGAUUUGGCCGACUUGAGUAGCAGCAGUGAGAGUGAUUUCUCAUCGUCUGAUUCCGAGGGAGGAGAGGAGAGCACCCCAGGAGGAGUCUCCAAUCCCAGACUGAUGCCAGAAGCAGUAACGCCCACUCCAGCACCGGGCAAAACCGCAGUCAAGAAAUCCAGGAAGCUGGCCGCGCCCAGCCUUGUUGAGCUCUACUUCGAAGCCCACAGCAGUUCAAAGGUUUUGACAUCCGAUCGCACGUUGCAGAAGUUGCAGACACCAAAGUUGGACCAGGAAACCUUAGAGAGGCUGCUAAGUGAUGACCAUGUGCCCUUUGCUCCCGAGAUCAGGCAGCUCAACAAGCAACAUGAGAAGCUCUUUCGCAAAUGGAUGCUGCAAACACAGUUGGGCUUUAGCCUUGUGUUGUAUGGACUCGGCUCCAAGAGGGAGUUGCUGGAAGAAUUCCGCUGCCAGAUGCUGCAGGGAGCUGUCCACGUGGUAGUGAAUGGAUUUUUCCCAAGUAUCACACUUAAGUCUAUUCUGAACUCGAUAACAGAGGAGGUUUUAGGAUAUGAAGGAACCUUCCGGAACCCCGUGGACCAGCUCAACUACAUCAUCAGGGCAUUUCAGGAGGAUUCCACACUGGAUCUUUAUCUUCUGAUCCACAACAUCGACGGACAGAUGCUGCGAGGGGAUAGGAACCAGCAAAUACUGGGCCAGCUCAGUGCCAUCCCUGGCAUCCACCUCCUGGCCUCCAUUGAUCACCUGAAUGCCCCUCUGAUGUGGGACCAGACGCGGAGCUGUCUCUUCAACUGGCUGUGGUAUGAGGUGACCACCUUUAAAUCCUAUGCAGAGGAAACCUCGUAUGAGAACUCACUGCUGGUCAAACAAUCGGGUGCCUUGGCACUGAGCUCACUGAUUCACGUACUGCGCAGCCUCACCCCCAAUGCCAGGGGAAUAUUUAAACUCUUGGCUCGGUUUCAGUUGGAGAACAAGGAUAACUCGUACUAUCCAGGUUUAUCCUUUCAGGAUUUCUACCAGCGAUGUCGAGAUGCCUUCCUGGUGAACAGUAACCUCACCCUGCGGGCACAACUGACUGAGUUCCGAGAUCACAAACUCAUCAGGAAUAAAAAGGGUGCUGAUGGUGUUGAGUAUCUCAUCAUUCCUGUUGACAUGGCAACGCUGACUGACUUCCUUGAAAUGGAGGACAAGGAAACCUAGAUGGAAGCGUGAGAUUUCAGGGGAUGGAUAACCAACAGCUCCCAAAUUCCAGGAGUGACAAAAUCCCAGACUCCAGUCUUCAGUGGCACAUGUUUGAUGUGAGGUUCAGAAUGGAAAUCUACACUGCAGUGAGCUUUGCCACUUGUUCAAUGUCCCAGUGGCUGGUAACCAGGUUAACCUUCAUGGCUCUGUGAGAGUUCGAGAGACUCUGUUUCCUGAUGUGGAGGGUGAAGGAGGAGACCUCUGGCAGCAGCACCAGCAAUACCAGAUUGAAGCAGACACAGCUCCAUCCCGGCCCAAGGUCUCCCAGCGAGCGAGGAGCAAGCCCUGGGUUGACUCCCCUGCCUGGCCCCACAAGCAAGGCCGAGGCUCCAGGUCUGCAGUCAGGCCCAGGCACCUGAAGGAGCAGAAGCAUCGGUGAGAGGGACGGACACCGAAUCGGCCUGGAGGAGCAGCGGAUGGGGAACAGGAGGUAUCCCCGGCUCGUGGCCCCAACUCAGAAUGGAGGUGGUGGAGGCCCAUAACCAAGACCCCACAGCCUGCUACAGAGUCCCAGCAGCAAGUGGAGGAGCAGCAGAGGAGGAACAAGAAGAGAGAAAGAUGAACUCUAUUGCUGUAAAAUCUUGUAUCGCAUUUAGUGUUUCAAGAUGAUGCCAGAGAAUGGUGACACUUUGCAUAUAACACAUUAAAAAAAACACUUUUCACUUUA